AUGGUCAGGCGUUCCCUAGCAGCAGAGUUACAGCUUCCUUCUCUGAAACUGGCCGGAUACGCUCACCUGGCCUAUGGAAUGCUAGAUAACGCCGCUUACAGUGCUGACCACACUUACAUCAUUGUGUUGGUCUUUAAGUAUUUCCUGUGGCAGUUCCGGUGCAAGCAGACCAUUGGGCACCCUCACACCUCUGUAAAAACCAUGGAGUUGCACCGUUAUUUAAAGAAACAUCAAUACAGCACCCAAACUGGACCAACCUUCCUGUUUGAUGAACAUGGGGAGUACAUCUCUGGGUUACAGAUCUAUAACUACAUUAUAUCAUCUAAGCACAGUGAGAGCUGUAUCCAAUGCCCAGAUAUGGAAUGGCCUAAUGAGAAGAAGAUUCAAUGUAUUGCCAAGACUGAAGAAUUUCUUUCAUACAGUGAUGAUGUAAUAUCUAUCAUUUUUUCAUUCAUCUCAGUUCUUUUUCUACUUAUUACUGGGCAAAUAUUGGGAGUUUUUACUAAACACCGCAACACCCCCAUUGUGAGAGCCAACAACAGGGGCCUGAGCUUCGUCCUCCUUGUCUCCAUCAAGCUGAGCUUCCUCAGUGUGCUUCUGUUCCUCGGUCGCCCUGUGGAUAUAACCUGCAUGCUGCGCAUCAUCACUUUUGGAAUCACCUUCUCCAUAGCUGUCUCUUCUCUCCUGGCCAAGACUAUCAUGGUUUGUGUUGCUUUCAAAGCCACCAAGCCAGGGAGCUCAUGGAGAAAAUGGCUGGGAGUCAAACUGUCCAAUUCUGUAGUCUUGUUCUGCUCAUCCAUUCAAAUAAUCAUCUGCAUGACUUGGUUGGCCAUUUCUCCUCCCUUUCAGGAACUGGACAUUCACACUUCCCCUGGAACCAUCAUCAUUCAGUGCAAUGAGGGCUCAGCUAUUGGCUUUUACUCAGUAAUUGGGUAUAUGGGGCUUCUGGCAGCUGUUAGUUUUGUUUUAGCAUUUUUAGCUCGGAGCUUACCGGACAGUUUUAAUGAGGCCAAGUACAUC